AUGAUCCCGUCGAAUUCCACCACGACGGCGGCGCCGCCCUUCCUGACCUCGCUGUGGCCCGGGGCGGCGUCCGGCCCGGCCCGCAGGGCUCCGCGCGGGGACGAUGGGCGGCUGGAGGCGCUCUACAUCCUCAUGGUGCUGGGCUUCUUCGGCUUCUUCACCCUGGGCAUCAUGCUGAGCUACAUCCGCUCCAAGAAGCUGGAGCACUCGCACGACCCCUUCAACGUGUACAUCGAGUCGGACGCCUGGCAGGAGAAGGACAGGGCCGUCUUCCAGGCCCGGGUCCUGGAGAGCUUCCGAGCCUGCUACGUCCUGGAGAACCCGGAGGCCGUGGAGCGGCCCCACGCCUGCCUCCCCGAGCCCGGGCCUUCCUCGUGA